AUGUGGUUACAACAAGCAUUCAAAUCUACAAAUGGACAUGCUUCAUUAGGGAAGUCAUUUAACAAUGUCAAUAAUUUGUUUGUCUUGAAUGCAACUGGUGUGGAUAAAAAUGGAGUCACCUCACUUGGAUUUUACCUCAAAUCGUUAAUUAAUGUGUUCUCUGGCAUUAAGCCUGUUAGUGGAGGUUUUUACUUGGCUACAGAAUACGGUAAUGGUCUAAGAGAAGUGGAUGGGAAUAUGACAAUAUCUUUUCAGCUAUGGAUUGAGAAUCAUGGUAACAUCACAUCGGAAUCACCGAUUUUAAAGAUUUCAAGAACAAAAUAUAUCUUAACCGAAGCGAUAGAUGAAGUUUAUCACCAUCACCAUGAUGAUCCUAAUUCCAUGGAAUUCGUAUUUGAAGUCCAAGAAACGGAAAUGGCUCCGAAAAUUGAAGGCACUGGCUUAGGCCUUGGAAUCGUCCAGUCUCUGGUACGAUUGAUGGGAGCAGAGAUAAGCAUAGUUGACAAGGAAGUGGGCGAAAAGGUAAAAUGCUUCAGGAUCGAUGUUGUGUUUAAGGUUUGUGUAUCUGAUCUCAGUGAAGAUGACAAGAUUGUGAAAAGCACCCCUCCUAAGCAAGGCUAUAGUUCUUCUAUAAUUGUUAUCUUUAUUAAUAGUGAUAAAAGACGUAAGACAGCACAACAAUUAAUAACAACGAAAGGAAUUAAAGUUUUAGCAGUAGAAAACAUAUGCCAACUUUCAGGGAGUUUAGACGAUAAGAAGAGGAACAAAACAGAUCAUCAUCUGAUUUAA